GAAACGGCAUCCCUAGGAGUUUAUUUGACCGACACUCACCGCCCACCGCCCAUCGCCCUCUGUCGCCACUCCUGGAGACGAAACGUCCUCUCACUCCUCCCUAAAAUAUCUUACUGUACGAAAGUUGUCAAAACCGGUACUCCGUACUCCCGACUUUGCUGCGAUCAUCAAAGACAAAAAGAAAUGUGCAAUGAGCCGGUCGUCAGUUGUCUUCCAUCUUGAAUGAUAGGCAUCGAAAUGUACCGCGCAACAUCCUGCAGGUCGGCCACCAGUGUCGCGAGACCCCUGCUCUGGGGUCGUGCCAGGCAUUGUGUUCGGCAUGGUACCAGCACUCGCCCGUGGGUGAACGACGUUCCUCUUGCGGGCGCCGCCCGCACCUCCCCGCGUUUCUUCAUUAGCAGCUCGCCGGCUCGAAGCGCCGAACCGUUGCACAGUGGUGGCGCCAGCAGCAGAAGUAGCGGCGGUCAUUCUCAUUCUGGGUCUGGCUCUGGGUCUGGCUCUGGGUCUGGCUCUCGGCUCUGGACCACAAGAUCGGUCUUCGCCGUGGCCGCUACCACGGCUACGUUGGGAUGGGCUCUUGCGGACUUGAACCGGGGGGGAGGUACUAGCGGGAUCUCCUUCUUGCCGAGUCGUUUUACCCAGUCCGGGGGCAGAAUGGGCCAUCCACGGUAUGCAACCGUGUCUGAAAUGGAACUGGCCCUUAAAGAGAUGCGCGGCGCCCUGGGCGAUGACGAUCUCAUAUCUACAGACCCGGAGGAUUUGCUCGCGCAUGGAUACUCGGAAUGGUCGUCGACGAACCCGGAUGGGCUCCCGGUGGCUGUUGCGUAUCCCCGGUCGACGGAGGAUGUGUCGACAAUCGCGCGUAUCUGUUACAAGUACAGCAUCCCCAUCAUCCCUUACUCUGGCGGUUCGAGUCUAGAGGGGCACUUCUCCGCCCCACACGGCGGUGUCAGCGUCGACUUUGCUUAUAUGGACAAGAUCGUCCAGUUCAACAAGGACGAUAUGGAUAUCGUUGUCCAGCCCAGCAUAGGUUGGCAGGACCUCAACGAGCAGCUUGCUAAGAUGAACAGUGGACUCUUCUUGCCCAUUGAUCCUGGCCCCAGUGCCAAAAUUGGCGGUAUGGUUGGUACGAAUUGCUCGGGGACCAACGCAGUAAAGUACGGCACAAUGAAGGACUGGGUCGUCAACCUGACGGUGGUCCUGGCAGAUGGCACCGUCAUCAAGACUCGACGGAGGCCCAGGAAGUCAUCGGCAGGGUACAACCUGAAUAGUCUGUUUGUCGGGUCCGAGGGCACGCUGGGUUUGGUGACUGAGGCUACCCUCAAACUGGCCGUUGUCCCCGAAGACUUCUCGGUAGCGGUCGUGACCUUCCCCACCAUCCGGGACGCCGCGUCGGCAGCGGCGCGGGUGAUGCAGAAAGGCAUCCCCGUGGCGGCGAUGGAGAUCAUGGACGAGGUGCAGAUGAAGGUGGUCAACAUGGGGGGUGCGACGGCCCCGCGGGUCUGGAAGGAGAUGCCGACGCUGUUCUUCAAGUUCUCGGGCACCAAGGGCGCGGUCCGCGAGCAUAUCAAGCUGGUCCAGGAAAUCACGCGGUCCCAUAAGGGAGGGAACUUUGAGUUUGCUAAAGACGAGCGCGAACAGAAGCUGCUCUGGUCGGCGCGUAAGGAGUCCCUGUGGUCGAUGCUUGCGCUGCGGAAGGAAGGGGAAGAGGUUUGGAGCACAGAUGUGGCGGUGCCAUUCAGCCGUCUCGUGGAGCUCAUUGAGGUGAGCAAGAAGGAGAUGGACGACCUGGGCUUGCUCGCCAGCAUUUUGGGCCACAUCGGCGACGGAAACUUCCACGAGAGCAUCAUCUACAACCGCCAAGACCCGGCGGAACGGGAAAAGGUGGAACAGUGUGUCAAGAACAUGGUCCGACGCGCGUUGGACAUGGAUGGUACUUGCACCGGCGAGCAUGGCAUCGGGUGGGGGAAGAAGGAGUCGCUGCUCCUGGAAGUUGGGCCGGAUACCCUGGGGGUCAUGAAAGCGAUUAAGCGGGCGUUGGAUCCCAAGUGGAUUAUGAAUCCGGGGAAGAUUAUGGAUCUGCCUUGAUGCCUUGAGGGAAAGUUCCUCGAGCGCCGUCCGAGGCUCGACUUGGACGGGUUUUCUGCUCCGUAUAGGGCGGAUGUUGAUUAGUAAU